AUGCCAGACCAACUUCGGGACUUACUCACCAACGUCCCUAAUUCAGACUUCGAAGAAAUGUCAAAUUCUGCGACAUUUUCAUAUGCCCAGGCUGCCAAGGGCCAGUCUGCGGCGCAGUCCGUUGGAUCUCAGUCGAGCACGACACAAAGUCAAGCUCCUUCAACAACUAGCACACAAAGUCGAGAUGCCGCUCCUACCCCGAGCACGAGGGCUCCUUCGGUCGCGAUUUCGACUACGUCGAACGAACUCGAUGGCUCGCAAAAUACCCGAAGCUCUUCUGUGAAGCCCGACUGUGCCAGUUUAAAUGGCAACGACUCAGAUAUCCUUUCUACUAGCGAUAAGGCGGCUGAAUUGUCGAACCUUCCAAUCCAGGCCGCUGAAAAGGUACUAGGCGACAAUGUACCGCAACCCGCAGAGAGACGCGGCAGAGGCCAAACCUUGACUUCCCAGGCUACGGAUGCCAGUGAUGGCAAGAAAUCCCGGAAGGGUAAGAAAGGCAAGACAGCUGAGAAAGAGUCGGAUCAAGAUGUAGAUCAGGGUCGCGGCCAGGAUAAGAAAGAGAAUGUGCCUCCCAAGGUGGAAUUAUCCGAGGCGCCAGUGCCGGCGGUUAACGUUUGGACACAGCGACAAGCAGCCAGGGCUGCUAAGGUCAAGACAACUCCUUCGGCAUCCACGCCGGCGCGGGGCUCGAAUAAUACAGGCGCCGGCCAAACUGACGGGGCAGUGGGUCCUGUCUCUCAAGAGUAUAAGUCAAAGGCAUCGCAGAAUGACGGGAUCGAUGCGACAGUAGCGCAAAGCAAGUCGCUACCGGCAGGCGCAAGACCCCCCAAGAAGGAUGUUGAGCAGUCGCGGGGCAGUGGUGGUCAGGCUCCUCGCAAGGGUGCUUCGCGGGGCACCCCAGGCCCGGUUGCGAGUAAUACUUUGUCGUGGCCGACACCCGAGACGGCAGCGAACGGUUCGAAACCCCUAACUACUGAGAAGGCCGAGAGGAUUGAUAAGGAUGAAAAAGAUGAAUCAGGCCCAAGCAAGCCUAGGGGAAAAGACAAGUGGCUUCCUGUUCCAUUUGUGCCAUCAGUGACUUUCGAGACACCCAUACCAACGAGAAGCUCGAGAGGUGGCCGUAUUAAUGGCACCCGAGGUGGACGUGACACUGCUAUUAGAGGCAAUCACGGUAACAGUGCAUCAACUGAUCGUACCCAAGAGAACGGUACCACCACUGGGGUUUCCUCUGCCCCACUGUCGUCAAAGCGUGCGUCUGUUGACGUUUCUGCAUCGCGUGACACCCGUAAGGCGCAAUCCCAGGCAGGAUCAGGAAAGGUUCUAGGAGAUUUCUCUUCUACAAGCGCGAAGAUCGAUGCAUCGAAGCAAAGCCCGGUUGAUUUAAGUCAUGGAGUUUCAAGUCAGCAUACUCCUGCUCGUAGUAUGAGCUCUAACCAGCGAACCGACGAGUCUGUGAAAAUGUCGCCUACACCAAGAGACAAUGGUGUGCACAAUGCGAAAGACUCUAGUUUUCAAGGACAGAGCAAUUCGAGCCGCAACGAUCGCAUAAGGGGCAACACACGCGGCCGCGGUGGUCACUCUGCCUUGAACGGAAUUCCUCAUCCGCAGUCUCAGUUUAGCCAGAACCCUGUUGGAUACAACUAUUCAGCCAACGCAAACUCCAGACAGCCUAACCACUCAUACGCCGCUAGUUAUGGGCAAAUGCCAUAUGGCCAGCCAUAUCCGAUCUCGACGACAAGCAACCAUCGGAGUCGACCAAGCUCGGGAAACAACCGCUCGCGCGGAAGUGCAGGACAUCAGUCUUCGAGACCAUCUUCAUACCCAAUAAUGGGCAUGCCAUAUGAUCCUGCGCUAUAUCCACAGGCUGGACCAUUUGUCCCAUAUCCUGCAGACCCCAACCACAUAUUACAUGUGGUGCUAUCACAGGUGGAAUACUACUUCUCCAUCGACAAUCUCUGCAAGGACUAUUAUCUGCGAAAGUUCAUGGAUUCUCAAGGGUUUGUACCUUUGAGUAUCAUCGCCUCAUUCAAGCGCAUGCAAGAAAUUGCACAGGAUUAUCAGCUCAUUCGUAUAGCUUGCGACAGUUCUCCUCACAUAGAAUUUAUCGUCACAGAGGAUGGACACGACAAAGUGCGUCGUCGAGAGAAAUGGGAGCAUUGGGUACUUGAAAAGUCCAUGAGACACCCAACCGCCCAACACGACGGUCCCGUCGGCUAUCGCCCGUUUGAUCAUCGAAUGACUUAUUGGCCUCAGGUGAUGCCAUAUGUUGGCGACGCUGCUCCCAUGUUCGCACCCAACACAAUAGAUAACCAUUUCGCACACAACGUGAAUGGAGGCGUCCUCACUUCCCCAACGUCCAAUGGCGUUAAUGGUCAUCCCCGCCCCGCGGAUUCACAACUUUCCGCAGCAGUGCCGGAAUUCUCCCCCACAGUCAACUUUGGAAUGGGAGGAGCGAGUCAACCAGACCUAGUACCGUCAGGCUCUGUUGAUGGUGGGCUAGCAACGGACAACAUCCCCAAGAAGAAUAACAUGCCGUCUUCAAGUGAACAAGCCAGUUUUCUCCCGAAUGGCUCCCAAAAACUUGAAAGUGCAGAGAAGGUUGACCAUGAUGGCCCCGUUACGAACGGAAUCAAUGGCCAUCAUGAAACAGAGGGUUGUUAA